CCACGAUAAAUUGUCGAACAACAUCUAACUAAACUCGAAUUGAAGUCUUGUUCAUAGAGUGAGAUGGAGAUAAUUUACCAGCCUCACAUCGACAGAGAGAUUGAAUCGCUCAUAGAAAGAAUACAUCCACCCAGGGUAUGUAUAGACAACGAUUCUUGCAAAGACUGCACGGUGGUUAAGAUUGAUAGUGCGAACAAGCAUGGGAUAUUAUUGGAGAUGGUGCAGGUGUUGACAGAUCUUGACCUCGUCAUUUCCAAAUCAUACAUUUCUUCUGAUGGUGGAUGGUUAAUGGAUGUUUUCCACGUGACGGAUCAGGUUGGCAAGAAGCUCACUGAUAAAAACCUCGUGCAUUACAUUCAGCAGGCUCUGUGCGAGACUAGAAGACCACAACAAGAAGUGUCAGUGUCCGCGGCAAAUGUAGCCAUAGAGGUGACAGGGACGGACCGACCGGGCCUGUUCUCAGAGAUAUCAGCGGUGCUAGUGAGCUUGGGCUUCAACGUCACAUCCGCAACGGGCUGGACCCACAAUGAUAGAGUGGCCUGCAUUAUCUAUCUAGAGGAAGCAUCCAAACCUGGGCCCAUCGACUACAACGAACAUUUGGCCAAGGUCCAGGAUCAGAUCCAGAACGUUGUUGAGGCCCAUGACGGCAGUGGGGAGAAAGAGAAGAGGAGCGUGAGGUUGACGAGCUUCGCCGCCGGGCGUCACCAUACCGAACGGCGACUCCACCAGCUGAUGUACGCCGAUGGGGACUACGAGAGUUGCCGUGCCUGCCACGGGGACAGAAGCGGCGAGCACAAGAAGGGGUGUGAUGGGACCCACGUCUCCGUGAGUAGAUACGAGGAGAAGGGGUACUGGGUGGUGAACGUAAGGAGUAGGGACCGUCCUAAGCUGCUGUUUGAUACCGUGUGCGUGCUCACGGACUUGCAGUACGAGGUUUUUCACGCGGCUGUUAGCUCCACGAGCUCCAUCGCUGACCAGGAAUACUUCGUAAGGCCCAAGGGUAGUUCAAAUAUGGACAACGAAAGCGAGAGGCAAAAGCUCACCCUAUGUUUAAUCGCUGCUAUAGAACGCCGAGUGUCGCAUGUAUGUCCCAUGAGACCCAGCAUGAAGGGAUUAAGGGUGGACAUUCGCACUCAAAACAGAAUAGGGCUACUGUCGAACGUGACACGCGUCAUUCGUGAGAAUGGACUAUCCAUAACAAGGGUUCAGAUUGGAGUAGAGGGUGAGAUAGCAGUUGGAUCAUUUUAUGUUACAGAUUCAUCGGGUCAAGAUGUGAACCCAAAUAUAGCGGAGUUGUUGAGAAAAGAAACUGGUGGGUCAAUUGUUACGGUUCACAAUUCGCCCAACAGGGUCCCUCAAUCCUCAUCAUCCAGUACAACCAUUCAUGAAACCAAGAGCACGACAGAAGUUAGACCAAGAUUUUCUCUGGGAAGCAUGCUUUGGUCUCAUCUCGACCGCCUCUCCAGCAAUUUCGGCCCCAUUAAAUCCUGAGAAGCUCUAAUCUCGGGAAAAGCAGUUAUUACUUCAAGAAAUGUCUUUAUUGUAAAUAGCUGUAUAUAUGGAAAGGGGGAGUGAAUAAGGAGAUUAAGAGAGUCCUUUUCUCAUGAGCACUAUCCAUAAUUUUCGCCUUUGAAAAUCGCAUACCAUUCAAAGAGAAAUGAGAUUUGUAGAUCAACCGUAAAUAUAGGUGAUAUCAUUACAUGAAGAUAAUGAUGAUACCAUCUUUAAAAGGAGUUGAAAGCCUUAAUCCCGGACUCUCAAUAAUAUUUGCAGACUGGCAUUUUAAGUAACUUUUUUACAAUUCGUUUAACUCUUA